GGACCUCUCACUCUCUCCCAGCUCGAAUCGAAUAACGUCGGAGUCGGACGUCGGAGGAUUUCUCGUCUCUCACGGUGCAACGUUUAAGCCUGACUCGGUACAGUUCUGAGUUCUCGGGUUCGUAAUUAAACAACGAGCCAUUAAAAACAAGACGUAAAUAUUAUUAUUUAAAUAACGAUGCAAGCUAUCAAGUGUGUCGUUGUCGGUGAUGGAGCUGUUGGUAAGACGUGUUUACUGAUUAGUUAUACUACCAAUGCCUUUCCUGGUGAGUAUAUACCAACGGUCUUCGACAAUUAUUCAGCGAAUGUAAUGGUCGAUGGAAAACCGAUUAAUCUGGGACUAUGGGAUACCGCUGGACAGGAAGAUUAUGAUAGAUUGCGACCACUAUCUUAUCCACAGACUGAUGUCUUUUUAAUAUGCUUUUCGCUUGUCAAUCCAGCGAGUUUUGAAAAUGUUAGAGCUAAGUGGUACCCUGAAGUACGUCAUCAUUGUCCAAAUACUCCGAUUAUACUUGUGGGAACUAAAUUAGAUUUACGUGAGGACAAAGAAACUAUUGAGCGACUCAAAGACAAAAAAUUAGCGCCUAUUACUUAUCCUCAAGGCUUAGCAAUGGCUAAAGAAAUCGGUGCUGUUAAAUAUCUUGAAUGUUCGGCAUUAACGCAAAAAGGAUUAAAAACUGUAUUUGAUGAAGCGAUACGUGCAGUAUUGUGUCCAGUACCACAGGUAAAACCCAAACAUAAAUGUUGUCUCCUAUAAUAUUAAUUAUUUAACGACGCCCGAUCUACCACAAGCGUGAGCCACCUUCGUCUUCAUCGUUAUUUUUCCCCCGAGUUUAUACUAAAACUCGAGACGACGAUGUAGGCAACAUACAACGUAUGUCGUAUCUCCUUGAGUUUUGUGCCGUUUAUCAUCUUCGUCAUCAUCAUUAUUAUCAUUUAUUGUUCCAUAUUUUUUUUACAUUAAUAUUAAUGUAAAAAUUCCGAGCUAACAUAUAGCGCACAAUUGGUCAAAUAAUUUUCGAUGCAGAAAGGAAACAAUUAUAAUAAAUUUUUAUAAUUAUUAUUUUUUUUUUAUAUUAAAUAUUUUGUUUUUUAUUUAUCGCAUGCUUUUUUUUUAUUAUUAACGGAAUUAAUACGAUCGGGAUCUGUCGUAAUUAAAAAUAAAUUAUCAUUAAUGGUAAUAAAAGAAAAUACAAGUUAGUAAAAAAAAUUUCGGGUAAGAGAGUUAUCAGAGGAACUGGUAAUUAAAAAAAAAAUAAUUGUACUAAUAGAUCGGACUAAAAAUUUUAUUAAUUACUAAUUAUUAAUAAAUAAUUAAUUACAAAUAAAAUAAUUGUAAUACAAUAAAAAAAUAAUAAUAAAUAAAGAAUUAAAUUACAUUAAAAAAAAGAGUACAGUAUAGGUACUCUCUUAGCCGAUUUUUAAUUCAAAGGCUUUAUUGUUAUGGGCUUUUUUUAAAUGGUUUAUUUAAAUGAAUAUAAUUAUUAUUGGAUCGGUAUAAAAAAAAACGAUAUGUAUUCUCACGCACAACUCGCAGGGAUCGAGAUGAAUAUUGGUUUAAAAAAAAAAUGAAAGAAUAAACAGCACGAACACGGGGGACGAAUAUGAUUGUAAGAAAAAUACAAAAUAAAUCAAGUAAGAAAUAAUAAUAGCGAGCGUGUGUUGAUUGCAGAGACGUAUUAUAGAUAAAAAAAGAAGAAAAGAAUUAAAAAAAAAAAACAAAGCUAAAAAUUAAAAAAAAUAAUAGAAUGAUUUUGUUCGAUUCGUCCUUGAAGUGUUUAAAAUGUGUGCAUGUUAAUGAAUGUGAGAAAAUAUAAUUAAAAAAAAAACAA